AUGCGUCCUCUUACAGAACCAGAAACUAAAACUCUCUUUGAGAAAUUGGCGGGUUAUACUGGAAACUCAUUGAAGAAUCUUAUUGCGCCAUUGGAUAAUACUCCAAAUUCUGAUCGAUAUGUUUUUCGAGUCCAGCAAUCAAGAUGUUACUAUGUACGAUUAUCACUCGCAAACCUUGCGACUUCUAUCGCUAGAGACAAGCUUUUGUCAUUAGGAAUCUGUAUUGGAAAAUUCACAAAGUCAGGCAAAUUCCGCAUUCACAUCACCGCGCUCCCCAUCCUCGCUGAACACGCCCGAUACAAGGUCUGGGUUAAAGCCAAUGGAGAGAUGCCGUUCCUCUAUGGUGGACACAUUGUGAAAGCGCAUGUUGGAAGAUGGUCGGAAGAUUGCCCGGAACAUCAGGGUGUAGUCGUUUACAGUAUGAAUGAUACGCCAUUGGGAUUUGGAAUCACGGCCAGAAGUACACAGGAGUCGAGAAGAUUGGAUCCUACGGGAAUCGUAUGUUUCCGUCAAGCGGAUGCGGGAGAGUAUUUGAGAGAUGAGGAUACGCUUUUUUCGACUUCUUGA